UUACUUGCACGUCAUCUAAAGCCAAUCCACUGGUUUAUAGCUACUUGCUUAUCAAGAACAGAACAGAAUUCAAGUCCAGCAAAAGUUGAACUUGGAUAGAGAAGAUAUCAGAAGGAGGCAAACCUAUCUACAGUUGCAACGCAAAUCAGAGUGUCGAAAACGUAUCAAGUGAAAAUACUACUUUGACAAUGAACGAUAAACCUGAGAAUGUUGUGUUAAUUUCAAAUUCAUCAAGAAAAGAGGUCUGUGCAGGAAUUUUUGUAAAUCUCACAUGCACAGCUAAUGCUAACCCACCGGCACAUACGUACUUACUGUACGAGAAUGAUGAAGUCAUUCAAAGUUCGGACAAUGCAGGAAUCUGGAUAAGGAGACUUGACAAGGGAGGCAAUUUUACAUACAGAUGCAAAGUUAACAACUCUUUCCCAGGGAUCGAAGAAAGCAAGAAUUUGACAUUUACUGCUAGAGUCCCUCCGUCUUUUAGGCAGGCCAGUAAUGAAUCUGGUGUAGAAGGUGAUCAUGUUAAAGUGUAUUGUAAUGCCUCCGGAUUCCUAUUCCAACUGUGUGGUGGACUAAGGAUAACAUUGUUGUCAGCAACACAAGCCUACUGACCUUCCCGAACAUCAGCAGAGAUAAGGCUGGAGAAUAUCGUGGCAUUGCAAGCAACACAUGUGAGAAUACUUCAGCAAUGGUGUACAUUGAUGUGGAGUGAAAAGUUUAUCACAUUGCAUUGAGAUGGAUGCAAUAAGCUACCAUUUACUAGUGCUCACGGAUAGCUGGAUAAUUUACAAAAUUAAUCAUUAAGCUCUCUUCAUCUUCUGUAUUUUAACUUGUAUUUUUUUUUUGGAUAUAUAAUGUGUAAAGAUUGCUCUGCGCUUUUUGAAUCUGUACUACUAAUUUUGCGUUUGAGUUUGGAAGUUCUUGGUUUAUGCAGUAGCUGUUACAAAUUAAUUUGUAAAGUUGUCUUGUUAAUUUUAAAAAUUAGAUUUUGAACUAAGCUAUGCCUUGUUAUAUUGAAAUGAAUAAUGUUCUUGUUCACUGAAAGAAAAUGGA